GCUCGCGUAGCUCGUGCAGGGAGGACGUACAGCUCGUCGCUAAAGUUUCGCGUGUGACUGACCGUGCGGAUUGCUCCAGUGUUGUUAGUGGCUAGUGGAGUGUUGUGUUGGUGUGCAGACGAUGCUUGGUGUUUGACGCGGGCAUGUAUCCAAGCGCGGGCGCGAUGAACGCCGCCGCCGCCGCAGCUGCCGUGGCGGCCGCCAGGCAUCCGGGUCCCCCCCAGCCCGGGCAACCCAUCAAGUUCACGGUGGGGGAGUCCUGCGACCGGAUCAAAGAAGAGUUCAACUUCCUUCAGGCGCAAUAUCAUAAUUUAAAAUUAGAAUGCGAAAAGCUGGCUAGUGAAAAAAUUGAAAUUCAAAGGCAUUAUGUUAUGUACUAUGAAAUGUCUUACGGCCUCAAUGUGGAAAUGCACAAGCAGACGGAAAUAGCAAAAAGGCUGAAUGCAAUAAUAGCACAAAUCCUACCGUUCCUGUCACAAGAGCACCAACAGCAGGUGGCCACGGCCGUGGAGCGGGCGAAACAGGUCACCAUGACGGAACUCAACGCCAUCAUUGGGCAACAAAGGCCCGACCUGCCGCGGCUGCUGCAGCAGAUGCACGCAGCGCACCUCCCCACGCACGGCGCGCCGCCGCUGCCGCUGCUGGGGCAAGGCGCGCUGCCGCCCGCGGGCCUGCUCGGGCUCGGCGUGCCGCACCACCCGCUCUCCGUGCUCGCCAAGCCGCCCGACCUGCACCGCCCCGAUGACAAGGGGAACGGUAUCAGCUCUGCAGAGGAGAGGCAUAGAAAUUCCAUAUCACCCGGUGAAAGAGAAAAGUACCGGACGCGAAGUCCGGCUGAACCUGACCAUAAAAAAUUGAAGAAGGAAGAAAAAGACAUGGGCCAUGAACUAGUGGUAGACGACGCGAGCGAAGAGCCGACGUCGCCGCACAACGGCGCGCCCUCCCCCCGAGAGAACGGGCUCGACAAACUGCAGCCCAAGAAGGAGCACCCACCUCAUAGCCCUAGGUCAGGCACGUCAAGCAACGCCUCAACGCCGUCAGCAAAAAAGCUAGAUGAGAAGCCGAGCACGCCGAUCUCCAAGCCCGUGACGCCGACGUCGGGCGCGAGCGGCGCGGGCGCGGCCGGCGCGCCGCUGAAGGCCGCGGUGAAGCCGCCCGCGCUGCAGUACCCGUACCUCGGCAACGGCGCGCACGACGCCUACGGCCUGGCGGGCUACUCGGCGCGCGCGGCGCUGGCUUACGAACCUCUGCGCCCGCCGAUCGGACCGGCGGCGUUGGCGCCCAUUCCUGGUGGCAAGCCUGCUAAUGUGUCUGAGUGCAUUUCGCGAUUAGACGAAGUUGAAAAGAAGAUACCCGAUCUCGAAGCAAAUAACGUCAGAAUCAACUCCCUUGGCCAGCAGAUUACUCAGCUAAAAUCGGAGAUAACAAAUCGUGACCAAUGGUACCGCCUAAAUAAUAUAGAAGUUAAAGGUGUCCCACUCAAGAAUAACGAAAACCUCUUCACUAUCGUGGGGCGCAUUGCACCUAGUACCGACCAAGUGGUCACAUCCGUGAAAAUCGUUAAUAACUCGGACCUAGCGCACGGCGAAGUUGUGUGCGCGGUCACAGUGUCGUCGCCGACCAAAUACGUGUACACCGGCGGCAAGGGCUGCGUCAAGGUGUGGGACAUCAGCCAGCCGAGCAAGGCGCCCGUCAGCCAGCUGGACUGCUUGCAACGAGACAACUACAUCAGGUCGGUGAAGCUGCUGCCGGACGGGCGCACGCUGAUCGUGGGCGGCGAGGCGUCCAACCUGUCCAUCUGGGACCUGGCGUCGCCCACGCCGCGCAUCAAGGCCGAGCUCACCUCCUCCGCGCCCGCCUGCUACGCGCUCGCCAUCAGCCCCGACUCCAAGGUGUGCUUCAGCUGUUGCUCGGACGGCAACAUCGCGGUGUGGGACCUGCACAACCAGACGCUGGUGCGGCAGUUCCAGGGCCACACGGACGGCGCGUCCUGCAUCGACAUCUCCGCCGACGGCACCAAGCUGUGGACCGGCGGACUCGACAACACUGUGCGGUCGUGGGAUUUGAGAGAAGGCAGACAGUUGCAGCAACAUGACUUCAGCUCUCAAAUCUUCUCGUUGGGAUACUGCCCUACAGGCGAGUGGCUCGCGGUGGGCAUGGAGAACAGCAACGUGGAGGUGCUGCACGCGGUGAAGCCGGACAAGUACCAGCUGCACCUGCACGAGUCGUGCGUGCUGUCGCUGCGCUUCGCCAGCUGCGGCAAGUGGUUCGUGUCCACCGGCAAGGACAACCUGCUCAACGCCUGGCGCACGCCCUACGGCGCCAGUAUAUUCCAGUCAAAAGAAUCAUCAUCAGUACUAAGCUGUGACAUCUCCUCGGACGACAAGUACAUCGUGACGGGUUCCGGCGACAAGAAGGCCACAGUGUACGAAGUGAUCUACUAGUGCGCGGAGCGGACAGUGACUGUGCUAGCGGACGUUCUCUGAGCGACAGUGGUGAUAUAGUUAUAGUGUAUGUAUAGAGUAUAUUCGGAAGCCUGUAUGUACUUAUGCGACUUGUUUAUAUAGAUUAGUGUGCGCGAUUUAUGUUUAUUUGUUGAGCGCCGGUAGUGUAUGUUGGCAGCAGAUCUCAAAAUGAUGAUUUCGUUUCAAUAUUGUUGUAAAAUGCUCGUAUUAAAGAAAAAAUAUGCGCAAAUUAA